GACCGAACGUUUAUAUCUGCCCGGAAUCAGUGUUGCCGGCCAACUUCAAAGUUCUACCCCAAACUAGGAUUGGCGUCGAUGUUCCUGGCUUUCACUAUGUGUUCGUGAAUGCUAAUGGUGAAAUCGAAAACACAAGAGGGCCCAAAGGCACUCAAGUAGGUUGCUUUAUUACUAUUAUUAUUGUUGCUGUAUAUAUUAAAAAUGGCUCCCCACUGGCAUCAAUGACUGCAAUUUUGGCCGCUGCUGAUGUUGUUGCAAAGAUGACCAAGUACAUGCCCAGCAGCAUAUUCACAAAACUAGCAGGCUCUGCAGGAGUUGGUGUGUUCACAGCCGUAGAGAAGGUGACAGUCUUUCACGAGUAUGCACGUUACGCCAAUGGUAACUGCAGCCACAGCUGCACUGGUGCAUGCUCGCACACGUGCACAACUGAUGGUCGAAAGAUGGAAGGUCUAGCAGGACUGGGCGGCGUUAUAGGCGCUGUUCUUGAUGAUAACUUGCUUUGUACUUCACAUGAUCCGUACCGGCACACCCAAAACAUAUUGUCUCAUGAAUUUACCCACACUAUUCAUGAUUACGGUCUGCCGACGAAUGUCAAAAGCCAGGUCACAGCCGCAUAUCACACAGCAAAAGCAUCAUCAACCUGGGUGCUGAGUUCAUACCACUAUAUGCCAAUGCACGUAGAAAACUGGUCCUUAACUUUUACUUUACUAUCAACAGGUGGCAUGGUGUCCUGUGGGAGCAGUCUGUGUAGUAGCGAACAUGAGGCCAGAGAACACUUGAGAAUUGCCGACCCGGGACUUUACAAUGUGCUGACUCACAUCUUCACCGACAACCGUCCAGGUCUCUUGUCCGGUAUGACCAUAUGUCCUACGUCGUCUGUCGUUGGAUAA